CAUCAUUAACCAGCCAGCCAUUGUACGCAGCUGCUCCUCCCUCCCUCUUCAAUCACCCUCGCUGCCUCCGCCCCCCAUAUUCUGAAGACAGAAUCUUCUGAAGAGAGAGAGAGCAGUGGGCUGCAGGCAGGAUGAACGACCUGAUGACGAAAUCGUUCCUCAGCUACGUGGAUCUGAAGAAGGCGGCCCUCAAGGAGGAGGACCUGGAAGCCGACGGCGGCAUCGAGAUGGCGGCAGCGGAGGACGAGAAGCUGCGGCCGUUCCUCCAGGAGGCGGAGGCGGUGAAGGAGGAGAUCGCGUCCAUCCGCGGCAUCCUGGCCCGGCUCCAGGAGGCCAACGAGGAGAGCAAGUCGGCCCACCAGCCCGACGCCCUGCGCGGCCUCCGCGCCCGCAUCGGCGCCGACGUCGUGCUCGUGCUGCGCAAGGCGCGCGCCAUCCGCGACCGCCUGGAGGCCAUGGACCGCUCCACCGCCGCCAGCCGCCAGCUCGGCAGCGGCGGCACCCCCGUCGACCGCACCCGCACGGCCGUCGCCGCCGGCCUGCGCAAGCGGCUCCGCGACCUGAUGCUGGACUUCCAGGCGCUGCGGCAGCGCAUCAUGGCCGAGCACCGCGAGGCCGUGGAGCGCCGCUACUUCACCCUCACGGGCGAGCUCCCCGCGGACGACGUCGUGGAGCGGAUCGUGGCGGGCGAGCAGGGGCAGGGGCAGGGGCAGGAGCAGGAGCUGCUGCGGAAGGCAGCGGCGGCGGCGGAGCGCGGCGGCAGCGGGGAGGCGCUGGCGGCCGUGCAGGAGAUCCAGGGGCGGCAGGACGCGGCCCGCGAGUUGGAGCGCAGCCUGCUGGAGCUGCACCAGGUGUUCCUGGACAUGGCCGUGAUGGUGGAGGCGCAGGGGGAGCAGAUGGACGACAUCGAGCGGCACGUCGCCAGCGCCGGCAACUACGUCAAGGACGGCGCCAAGGAGCUCGGCUCCGCCAAGGCCUACCAGCGCAGCAGCCGCAAGUGGCUCUGCAUCGGCAUCAUCCUGCUGCUGCUCCUCGUCCUCGUCGUCAUCGUCCCCAUCGCCGCCACCCUCUCCUCCAAAUCCAGCUGAAUCUUCAAUAAUCUAUCUAUGCAUGCCCCCCAUUCCCCCAUUCCCCCAUUCCCCAUUCCCUACUCUAUUCUAUUCUAUUCUAUUCUAUUCUAUUCUUUAUAUUAUAUGCAUGUUGUUGGUUUAAUUUCCAUCGAGCCAGCCAGCCAAUUCUGCAUGCUGAGGGUUGGGAGUUCUGCUCAAGCUCCUCUGAUGAUAAUCAUCUCUGCAGUGAGAUGAGAGACAAAAGGGCCGGCCAGCUACCGCCCGCCAUUUAUCACCUUGAAUUUUUUUUUUAUUUUUAUUUUUUUGAUUUAUAUUUUUGCUCCCAAUGAGUUGCUUCGGUUUAUUCUUUAUAUAUGUGAUCCAACUUCUGCGGAAAUGAAAUUGAUUGCUAGCUACAUUCGUUAAAA